GGGGCGUCGCCAUGGCGGCCAGGGGCCGAGCCGGCCAGCCGGCAGCGCCGACGAGGCCCGAGAUGAAGCGCUGAGGCGGGAGGAUGAUCUCGCGAUACACGCGGAAGCCGGUGCCCCCCGACGCCGUGGGGACCCGAGAAAUUACAAAGAAUGCCUUAGAACAUCAUCCCCUGCCAGACUCACUUGAUGACAGUUAUCCAUCCACUGAAAGUCAAGAAGACAUUUCAAGUGAGUCUGAAAGUACAAAAGAUUCGAACUACCAAUCUGUCACUUCAGUGGACGAUGGGAAUUUAUGGCCAGCCAGUCAGAGCUUCACAGGCAACUCCACAGAAGACAGCUCAGUCUUUUCUUGGGGCUAUGAUGAAUUUGAUAAAGCUGCUACUCGGCAAGUUCAGCAGAUAUUCAGACACAUUGAUGAGCUCUUGUAUGAAGAAAAAACAAGUGUUUAUGUUGAAGGUCUUGAGGAAGAGUGCCAACAGUGGAUGUCAAGCUUCCCCCAUCUCAGGAUUGUAGGGAAACAAGUAGUGAUUCCCACAGAUGAAGGCUAUGGAUGGUAUUCUAGUUCAACUUGCGGCACCUUAGCUUUAUCAGACAUGAGCCCAAUACAAGAGAAAGAUCCUAGUGAGUUUAGUAUUCUGGGCAAAAAGGUCCCCCCCUCUGUUACUUCUGUUUGUAUAGAAGAUAACUUUUCAAAACCUCCUGAAUUAAGUUUAUUUGAGAGUGAAGAAGAAGGUGGAGUGAUUGUCUCUGAAGGCAUAAUGGAGGAAUAUUUGGCAUUUGACCACAGAGAUGUAGAAGAAGAGUUGCAUGAAUGGAAAAUGGGGCUUUCACCAGACAGGCGAAAAUUAGGUUUCCCUCCUAUCUCACCAUCAUACUGCAUGAAGGAUGCUGUUCGUUCCUAUGUGUUUGAUGAUGUGUGGAGUGAAGUCUUGGGUUGGAUGGAGCAGCUAAUCUGUAGACACUGGGAAGGGUCAGUCUCAGAUGAUGAGAAGAAUGUCAUAACUGUAGAAACAAGCCGAACAGAUUCAGGAAGCCCUUUUAUGCAAAUUGAGCCUUUGCCGUUGUUGUUGCCUCGAAUGCCACAAACCAAGAUGCCCUCCAUUACUUCAACUCUGUACUCAAAACGCAGAUGUGGCCGCAAAACCAAAAAGAAGAGAAAAGCACCAGAAGUAAAUCUCUCUCAAGGAACAAGCAGUGGCCCACAGCGUAAUUUGAAUGGUUUGAUGGUGAUUCAUGGGAUCCCUGUACACCAAAGGAACCUGCCUCUGAUGGACAAAAUACUAGACUUGGAUGACAGAUUGCUUAUGAGACCAGGCUCCAGUUCUAUCCUGUCAACCAGAGCUCGGCCAAAUCGCCCACUUGAGCUCAGUACUUCUUCUCUGUCCUAUUCUGCACAGUCUGCUAGAAGACGUAAUCCACCACCACGUACCCUGCAUCCUAUCAACACCAGUUAUUCUCGCUCAGGGACACCAAGACCUAUGGAUGAAGUCAUCAGAGGAACGCGACUCUCUGCUGCAAAUGAGCAACUGUCAUCACCUUCCCCAAUGCCGCUGAGCAGAAAUAAUCUCUUGCCUCCUAUUAGUACUGUAGAUGUGACAGAACAUUUGGGAUCCCAAAAGCAAAUGAAAUCCCGGGGAAAUGCUAGCCGGGCUCGCAGUGCAAUAGCAGAUGAAAUUAACCAUCAACCGAUGCAUGAAAGAUUUUUAUUACCCGAUAGUUUCUCCAGGCCCAAUACAUCACAUGCAUUUUGGCCAGACUCACAGUAUCGUCGUUCUUGCACUGUUAUUGAUUAUGCUAAUCAACCACGAAACAGUAAAGGAUCUGCAGGCACAGAUUCUGUUAACGUAGGAGUGAUGGGAGUCAGUUUAGGGAUAUCUAGUUCUUCCUAUAUUAAUUCUUUCCACCAUCAGCCUCUUGGUCACUUCCUUAAUGAGGAUGAGGAGGACAAAGAAGAUCAUCCUCCAUUGGGUAAGAAUAGGUCUUCAGUUAUAUGGUUCUGUGAGAACUCACAGCCGAGGUGGAUCAAGAAGCAAGCCCCUGUAGCAUGUUAUGAGAAAGAGCUGUCCAUCUCCAAGAUGAAGGGAGAAUCUACAGAAGCUUUUAAAAUCAGUAUUCAACUGUAGCAAUAUUGAACCAGUUUACAGAAGAACUCUAAACCUUUCUUUACAAAGAGUCUUAUUUUUGUAUAAACUUAAACAAUUGCCAAAGACUACAUGUUUGUAUUGGAAUUUUGUUUGUCAAGAUCAGCUAUGCUAUUCUAUGGGACGCUGAAAGCUUGUGUAUUCGAAACCUACUCACCUCAAAUAUCCUGUUACUUAUACAUUCCAUUACAAAUAAUGCCCGGCUUAAGAUCCUGAUUCCUGUAGCAGUAAUAAUGUUGUAACACUAGUUGACUUGCCAUUUAAUAUUUAACAGCAAAACAUUUAUUUGCAUUAAAUUAGAUUACAGCUUGGGUGAACUUCUAGUAGUUCCUCUAAUUGUAUAAAAAGUUGAAGGUUGUCAGUACCAACUGUUCACGUUUUGGGGGGAAACUGCAGAAAGGUAGCCAAGAUUGAAAUCUUAUAGUGUACUUAAAAUUGUUAAUGUACUUAAAUGUCGCGUACCAUCAUUCCCAACUUAAAUCUAUACCUCUUCACCCAUUGACUUGGCUAAGACUUCAAGAAACUGAAGCAACUGUGUACACUACAACUGUACUUUCAGUACUUAUUUACCCUUGUUUAUGCAAAACAGGAAGUUUGGUCAAAACCUAUGAGCAACUGUAUCUGUGCCGCCGUCAAGUUCACAGUUUUAAGAUUCUUUCAUUGGGGAGAGAGAGAACACUUUCUACAUUUGUAGGAGACAUGCCUGGUGAGGUAUGUUAACUUAGAAAUAGUUAGAAAAAACAGCUUCCACUGAAUAUUGCAUUUAAUGUCUGCUAUAAUUUUAAUAUAGCUUAACAAAGAUUAGCUUAUCAAAGAUUAGUUCAAAGUAAGUGCCAGGCUGCAAAUGUAUGAAGCUAUGUCAUUUAAAGAUAGCUUUGUAUUUUAUUCUAGAUACCAUGUGAAAGUUGUAAAAGUCAUGAUGGGAAUAUGCUUUUAUUAAAUUGUAAAAUAGAAUAACUUUUAUAUGCAAAUAAAAAAUAUUUUCUAAACUGCA